AUGGACAUCGGAGUCGGCUAUGGUGCUCAGCGCCCUCGGCUUGGCAGGCAACUAGCCCGUGCCCGCAACAGGACAAAGCUGGGUGCGGCGCUGCUUCUGCUGUGCGUUCUGUGGCUUUUGUUCGGCCGCAAAAAACCUGUGGCCCAGGAGCCCGCCCAGGAGCCCAACGACGUCCAGAGUCUGAUCCAGGAGCGGGAGAUCCGCCGCGAAAACAUCCGGUACCUCAAUUUCGGCAGGCCGUUCGUCAACCCGGCCACUCUGGCGCUGAUCAACUACGACAACGGCGGCAACAUGGUGAUGAAAAAAGACUCCGACUACGUGCGUCUGGUGUCCGAGCGGCCCAAUUCCGUCGGCUAUGUGUUUUCGCGGCUGCCGGUGUCGCUGCAGGACGCCGACUCGUUUGAGGCGAUCGUCGACUUCAAGAUCCACGGCCAGCAGACGCGGAUCUCGCUGAUCGGCGACGGCAUGGCGUUCUGGCUCACGAGCCAGCCGCUGAGCCAGGGCGACAUGUUUGGCAUGCAGAACGACUACCACGGGCUCGCGGUGAUUGUGGACACGUUCAAGAACACGCCGGGCAAGAUGCGCGGCAACAGGGGCGCCAACAGCUUCCCCCGGGUCUCGAUCCAGAGCAACAACGGGUUUGCGGGCAAGUACAACAAGGACGACGACGGGACGACGACGGAGCUCGGCAGCUGCGCGCUGCACAGGGCGUACAACACGCCAGUCGAUGUGCCCUCGCGAAUGCGGGUGCGGUAUAUUCGCUCGUCUGGCUAUUUCAGCGUCGAGUUCGAUCUUCUGGGCAACGACAACUGGAAAACCUGUUUCAGCACGACCGACCUCGCUGCGUCGCUCGUCCCCGAGACGCCUUACGUGGGGGUCAGUGCUGAGACGGGCGAGCUGUUCCACAACGUGGACCUGUACGGCAUCGAGGUGAACUCGCUCAAGGAUGCCUCGGGGCGUCCUGUGCAGUCGAUCGACGCGCUGAUCGACCGACUCGACGACAAAAUCGACGCCGAGACAAAGCAGCACGAGGCCAAGAGACGGCACCGCCGCUUCAACAAGCCCAAGAAGAACGCCCGCCGCCGCAGCGCGAGCCGGCUCAGGCGGGCAGAGCAGCGCGCCAAGCAGCUCAACAAGGAGCUGUACAACGACGAGCGGGGAGCCAUCGGCUACUUCUUCAACCUUCUGUGGCGUCUGUUCAAGUACGCUCUGUACACAGCCAUGUUUGUUGUCCUGGCGUACAUCGGCCUUCUCGGCUAUCGCGUUUACCGCGACAAGCGCAAGAGACGCAACCAGCGGGGACUACUGUAA